AUGGAUUCGCUUGUACAGGAUAUGGCUAAAACCCAAACUGAAAAUCUUCACAGAAUUGCUCAAGAUGUCUCAGUAAUAAAGGAAGAGAUCAGCUUGAUCAAGGUAACAACUGAUCUUUUAUCCUCAGAACAGGUCCAAAUAAAAUCGGAGUUAGCUUGCAUCUCAAGUAUUAGAGCUAACAUUCAGAAAAAAGUGGAGACUAUCGAAAAUGAAAUAGCAUCACUAAAAUCUGGAUCGACUUCUGCGAUACCUGCGCCUUCGUUUAGCUAUGAAGAUUUAGUAUCGGAGACCUACGAACGAUCUCAGAGGGAGAAAAACGUUAUCAUACGAGGGAUAAAAGAGAUACGAUCCUCAAACUCUGAAGAGAGAAACAUCCACGACAGCGAAGAAGUAAAGAAAAUAAUAAAAAUGGCUGUUCCAGAUUGCAUAUAA